CUUUGCAAGACUUCGAGGAAUAGUGAUUUGUUUAUUGUGCUUUUACAGGGUAAAUAUGAUGAAACAAUAAAGGAAUGCACGAAGGCGCUGGAGUUGAAUCCUCCAUAUUUGAAAGCACUACUUAGGAGGGCAGAAGCACACGAGAAGCUCGAACAUUAUGAAGAAGCUAUUGCUGAUAUGAAAAAAGUAAUCGAGCUGGAACCUUCAAAUGACCAAGCAAGGAAAUCAUUGCAACAUCUUGAGCCAUUAGCAGCUGAAAAGAGAGAGAAGAUGAAGGAGGAGAUGAUCGAAAAACUGAAAGAGAUGGGGAAUUCAGUUUUGGGGCGAUUCGGAAUGAGCGUCGACAACUUUAAAGCUGUGAAAGACCCAAACACCGGCUCAUACUCUAUCUCAUUUCAACACUAAUUACAUAUAGUAGUCCAGGUACCAUCAAAAAGACCAAAAGGAAAAAAAAAAGGGAAAUACCUAUAGAGAACAAGGAGGGUUAAAAAAAAAGCUGAAACAAAUACAGUGUACCGUACUAGUCGAAUUGUGAAUCGAACUUUUGUUGGAUUGAUAACCUGUUCAUUGUAUCACUCUGUUCAUGGAGCUCCCAUGAUCCUUGUUUUGCUGCAGUUUGGUGUAUAAAUGAUAUAGCAUAUGUAAGGAGCAAGGGAUUGUGUUUUCUUUUUCUUUGAUCUUUUA